AUGGCUCAUGUGUUUCAUGAGAAUCUGCCAGAACACAAUAUAUUGGAGGCAGAGGGUGGAAGUGUAGCCGAGUAUAAGCGUAGGGCAGGUCGGUGGUUGCUCAACCAGGGUGAUGCUGCUGCAGAGGUACUGAUUCGCACAACCAUGUCAGUUCUGUUACUACUGGUCUCAAUACUCUGCCUAAUACUAGUAGUGUUGUACCUUCAGUUUCGGUGGAGACAUCGACAUAUCCUUGCUACAGCCAACAAACUACCUUGUCCACCGGCAUGGCCUUUCAUAGGCAAUGCUCUAUUCUUCGUUGGCGAUAUUACUAGUAUAACUAAAAAUAUUAUAAAAUUUACAACACAAUUCAAAGGUCUAUUCAGUAUUUGGGUUGGUCCGGUUCCUGUAUUUGUGGCAUCGGAUCCGUCAGACGUCCAGAUAAUUUUAAACAGUUCCAACACUUUAGAAAAGGAUGUUGUCUACCAUUUCCUGAGACCGUUCAUAGGCAACGGGCUGCUCACUGCUCCUGUGGUCAUUUGGAAAAAGUACCGGCGCCUUAUAAGCCCCGUGCUGCAUCCUUCUAAUGUGGAACAGUACCUAUCUGUAUUCAACGAUGUCAGUAAAGACUUAGUAGACAAGUUGGCCUCUGGGACGGAGGAAAUCGAGCCCACCAACGAUAUCUUUCAUACAGCUGUGGAUGCUGUUAUGAAAAUUAUAGGGGCCAGAAAUCGACUAUCUAGUCAGACAAAGGAAAACAUCAUAUACCUCUUGGAUUGGGGAGGUAAAAUGUUCAUAGGGAGAUUGUUUAAAGUGUGGCUCCAUGUAGAUUGGAUUUAUUAUCUUCUAUGUGGUAAAGAAUUUAAAAAAGCAAUGAAGCGUUACGUAGCCUGCAUUGAUGUCUUGGACCAGGAAUGGAAAAACGAGGAAAAUAUGAGAAAUUUAGAUCCAGAGUCUAACCAAAACUACGGAACUGAAGCUUUCCCUGGGAAAAGUCUAUUGGAUGUCUGUUUUGAAUUUCCACCGGAUGGCUCAGAAGAGCAUGAUUGGAAGGACGAGCUUAUGACAAUGAUAGUAGGAGCUACAGAUACAGUCGUCGCAGCGCUUUCGUUUCUACUGGUUACGCUGGCAAACUAUCCCGAAGUUCAAACAAAAAUCCAAGCCGAAAUCCACGAAGUUAUAGGAGACUCUCGUGGUGAUGUUACACUCUCAGAUCUCAACUCUCUGACAUACCUGGGACAUGCCAUCAUGGAAAGUAUGAGACUGCAUGGUAUAUUCCCAGUAAUCGUACGGAGAGCAACGAGGGACACAAAACUCUCCGUGUGUACUCUGCCAGCGGGAAGUAGGAUUCUGAUACCCCUCCACGCAAUGGGGUGGCAUGAAAACCAGUUUCCUCAUCCAGAGAAGUUCAUGCCUGAACGUUUCGCCCCAGACAUGCAACAGGAGAGCGGAACAAAGCGUCACAUGUAUGCUUUCCUUCCCUUCAGUGCAGGGCCUCGAAGUUGUAUAGGAAAAACUUAUGCUAUGAUGAUGAUGAAAACUGUGAUGGUCCACAUACUUCGAAGAUUUACCGUGAACACCCAAGUGCGCAUGGAAGAUAUUGAGUACGAGCUGAAAGUUGUUAUGUUCAGCAAGACUCCUCUUCUUCUUAAGUUUAAUCCUCGAUGAGUCUCACUCCCUUUAGAAUUGACUGUGAUUCUUAGCUAGGCUUAAUAAUAUACUUUUAAUCAGAAUA